AUUUCAUGACUCAACGAUCUGAAUUCAUACUCGGAGGAACUCAACCAUGAUGCUGGAUCUGGGAUCGUUCUCCGACGAGAAAUUCGAUCCUAAGAAAUGGAUAAACUCAGAGUGUAAGAGCCGCCACCCGCAGGACUCGCUGGACAAGCACAUGGUGGAUCUCGAAAUGAAGCUUCAGAUGGUCUCCGAAGAGAUUGCCGCCUCUCUCGAGGAGCAGAGCGCUUCCGCCCUUCUCCGUGUCCCUCGUGCCACCCGUGACGUCCUCCGCCUCCGUGAUGACGCCGUUUCCCUCCGCAAUUCCGUUGCUGGAAUCCUCGACAAGCUCAAGAAGGCGGAAGGAUCCUCAGCUGAAUCUAUAGCUGCCCUUGCUAAAGUUGACACAGUCAAGCAGAGAAUGGAAGCUGCAUAUGAAACAUUGCAGGAUGCUGCAGGGUUAACACAAUUGAGUGCAACAGUGGAGGAUGUGUUUGCUAGUGGUGAUCUUCCUCGGGCUGCAGAAACCUUGGCCAACAUGAGGCAUUGCUUGUCUGCUGUUGGGGAGGUUGCUGAAUUUGCGAAUAUUAGGAAGCAACUUGAAGUCUUAGAGGAUAGGCUAGACACCAUGGUGCAGCCCCGUCUCUCAGAUGCAUUAUCCACUGGCAAGAUUGAUGUUGCUCAAGACUUGAGGGGAAUUCUCAUUAGAAUUGGAAGAUUCAAGUCUCUUGAGCUGCAUUAUACGAAAGUGCACCUUAAAACAAUAAAGCAGCUUUGGGAUGAUUUUGACUUAAAGCAAAGGGCUAGUAAGAUUGCAAAUGAGAAGAUUGAAGCUGAAAGGCUGACAAGUACCAAUGAACUACAUCCAACUAUGCCUACAGUUUCAUUCUCUAGUUGGUUGCCAAGUUUCUAUGAUGAAUUACUACUCUAUCUUGAACAAGAAUGGAAAUGGUGCAUGAUUGCUUUUCCUGAUGACUACAAGGCAUUGGUCCCGAAGCUACUAAUUGAGACCAUGGUGGCUGUGGGGUCAAGUUUUGUUUCCCGUAUCAACCUUGCUGCUGGAGAGGUUGUUCCUGAAACAAAAGCUCUGGCUAAAGGUAUAUUAGAUAUUUUAUCUGGAGAUCUGCCAAAGGGUAUUAAGAUUCAGACUAGGCAUCUGGAUGCUCUGAUUGAGUUACAUAAUAUGACGGGAACAUUUGCGAGAAAUAUUCAGCACUUAUUUUCAGAAUCUGAUGUCGGAGUUUUGAUGGAUACACUAAAGGCCGUAUAUUUUCCCUAUGAAUCAUUUAAACAGAGGUAUGGGCAGAUGGAGCGGGCCAUACUUUCCUCUGAGAUUGCUGGGGUUGAUCUUAGGGGAGCUGUCACUCGUAGCGUGGGAGCCCAGGGAAUUGAACUUAGUGAGACAGUUCGUAGAAUGGAAGAAUCUAUUCCUCAAGUUAUCUUACUUCUUGAAGCUGCUAUAGAGAGGUGCAUCAGCUUUACUGGUGGUUCGGAGGCAGAUGAACUAAUUCUUGCACUCGAUGACAUAAUGUUACACUACAUUUCUGCCCUCCAAGAAACCCUUAAAUCACUAAGAACUGUAUGUGGAGUGGAUCAUAUUGGUGAUGGUUCAAGAAAGGAGCUAGGUCCAGAAAAGAGAGAAGGGACUCAAAAUGCACGCAGAGUUGACUUGAUCUCUAAUGAGGAGGAGUGGUCCAUUGUCCAGGGGGCCUUGCAGAUACUCACGGUUGCAGAUUGCCUAACAAGCAGGUCCUCUGUCUUUGAAGCUUCCUUGAGAGCUACUCUGGCUAGACUGAGCACUAGCUUAUCCCUUUCAGUAUGUGGUUCGAGUUUGGAUCAAAAGCAGUCACAUAUCACAAAUGAUGAUGGAAAUGUGGAACUAUCUGUGGGCAGAAGGGCUGCAUUGGAUGUGGCAGCUGUGAGGCUUGCUGAUAUUCCGGAGAAGGCUCGGAAGCUCUUUAACCUUUUAGAACAGUCUAAAGAUCCCCGGUUUCAUGCACUUCCACUUGCAUCCCAGAGGGUAGCAGCAUUUGCUGAAACUGUUAAUGAACUUGUCUACGAUGUCCUCAUAUCUAAAGUAAGGCAACGUCUCAGUGAUGUGUCUCGCCUGCCUAUUUGGUCUGCUGUAGAAGAACAGGAUGCUUUUCAUCUGCCAACCUUUAGUGCGUACCCUCAAUCCUAUGUGACUAGUGUUGGUGAAUAUCUUCUUACUUUGCCUCAACAGUUGGAGCCACUGGCUGAGGGUAUUUCAAACAAUGAUACCAACAAUGAUGAAGCUCAGUUCUUUGCAACUGAAUGGAUGUUCAAGGUUGCUGAAGGUGCCACGGCCCUGUACAUGGAGCAGCUCCGUGGGAUUCAGUACAUAACAGAUCGGGGUGCACAGCAGCUCUCAGUUGAUAUUGAGUACUUAAGUAAUGUGCUUUCUGCUCUUUCGAUGCCAGUCCCUCCUGUUCUUGCCACAUUUCAAACUUGCUUUGCAACCCCUAGAGAUCAACUGAAGGAUUUGCUGAAAUCUGAUUCAGAAAACCAGCUAGAUCUGCCAACCGCAAACCUUGUGUGUAAGAUCCGGCGUGUGAAUUUAGAUUAGUAAUUUUCCCUCAUAACAUAACAUUUUUGUUGGUAUAAAGAAAAUAUAAAUUGGUACAUAUAUAUUCCAGCAUGCUUUAAAAAGAUGGUUAUAGCCCAGGUCUCUUAUUUUUGUUUCUUGUAAAAUUUCUUGUGGCUGCUGUUCUUCCUUCCAAAUGUUAGGCGCCCAGAAGGAAAUUCUGGAGGAUAUGGCACAAGUUGUUCGGCUGCUUGAAAAUGAUCAGAACUAGUGUCAUCGCAAAAUGCUAAAAAAUAGGGUUAACUCAAGAUGAUCAUUAAUGAGUAACGCAUAGUUAGAGUGUGAUGACAGAUGGAGGGGGUGAUUAAAGCCAUUGUACCUAU